AUGUUGUUCCUGCAGCAGCGUUGCGACAGAGACGGAGCGCGAGAACGACAUGACUGAAGAAAGUAAUAAUACGGCAGAAUCGCUUACCGGCCACACGCAGCACGGCAGCAUCAUCACCAUACAAACCACACUGGGAGACGAAGAUGAAGAUAUUCACAGAUGUGGGCGAUGUGGCGAAGAGUUUUCAGCUUUGGAUUUCUUCAUUCAGCACAAGCUUAGUCGCAUCUGUAAACGUCCUUUACAGGACACACAGGGGAAAGAUGAUAAAGAUGAAGAGCUGGCUAAUGAUGCAGAGAGCGCCUCAGUGGACGAGGGAGUUGGCAGGUUAACAACUACAAACAUAGAGCCAAGUCACCUGGCAAAGGACCAUGGCGAGUCUGAAAACCUAGACAGUUCAGAUCAUACUAAACCAUCCCUGAAACUCAACGAGGAUGGGCGUUACGUUUGUCAUAUAUGUGAGAAGACUUUCAAAUCGGCAAAUAUCUUGAGGACACACUUGACCAUUCAUACAGACAAGAAGGACUUUAAAUGUGAGCUGUGUGAGACUGCUUUUCGAACUAAAGGAUCUCUAAUUCGCCACAACCGACGGCAUACAGAUGAGCGGCCUUACCAGUGCAAUCAGUGUGGCCUUUCCUUUAGGGAGUCUGGUGCGCUGACAAGACAUUUGAAGUCAUUGACACCGUGCACAGAGAAGAUUCGCUACAGCCAGUGCAAAGAGAUCCUCUUUAACAAGGAUGGUGUUUGCACAGAAGUGGAGCAGCCUCCUGUGCUCCCUGAGAAAGAGCAGCAGCUGCCUGUGGUCAGUGUGGUGCAGACGGUGCAAGAUGCUGUUCACAUCCAGGUGGUAGAAGAUCUAGGACAAAUUCAUCAGGUGGUAUCCCAGCCUGUUGCUGAAGCGGUUGCAGAAGGAGACCGUCUAAUCUGCCAAGCCAUCAUCAACUCUGGCAUUGCUCUGGAGACUGAAGCCGUAGAAGCGGCAGAGCAAGUGGAGGCUCGAUUACCUAAAGAGGUCCUAGAGAAUCAUGAAGCUGAGGGCAGAGUACCAGAGAUUCAGGUGACUGAGCAGUGUGUGGAGGUGGAGGCAGAAACUGUGGAGACUUCAGAGAAAGACAUGGAAAUCUCCCCGUCAAAGUCUCACAAAUGUCCUCACUGUGAUCGAACGUUCAGAACGACAUCCCACUUGCGCAUCCACAUCAAAGGGCAUGCUGGCUACAAACCAUUUAAGUGUCUGACAUGUCAGAAGGAGUUCUUGACAGGCUACAUGCUGAAAAAGCAUAUGGAGAUGCAUGUGACGGAACGCAGGUACAAGUGUGGAGAGUGCGGCAAGCUGUUCAAGGCUAUUGGGCACGUACGUGAGCACAUGAGGGCACACUCUAACGACCGCCCACACCACUGCAAUCUCUGCAACAAGAGCUACAAAACCAAAAAUGCGCUUCAGGUACAUCAGCGCACACAUGGUGAGGACAAACCGUACGCAUGUCCACACUGUUCUCGGGCAUUUCGUGAGAAAGGUGCUCUGGUGCGUCACAUUCGCCACCACACCGGAGAGAAACCUUUCAAGUGCUCCAAAUGUGGACGUGGAUUUGCUGAGCACGGCACACUCAAUCGCCAUUUACGAUCGAAAGGAGGGUGCUCUGUAGGGCAGCAGGAGUCUGAGCAUAUUAUGACCCCUGAAGAGGAGCAGGAAUGUGACCGUAUGGCAGCCGCGAUCAUUUCUGACGAUCCCCACGCUGUGCUGGUGGAGUUUUCCUCAGUGGUGGCUGAUACUCAGGAGUACAUCAUAGGAGCAACAGCUGAGACGACUCAAGCAGAGGAAGUGUCUGUUACUCCUGACAGUCCUAACCAAUUUGACAGUCAGAUCAUAAAGGUGGUGCAGCAGGUUGUGAGUCAGGCGCAAGACGGUCAGCAGAUCAUUGUGCGUAACGUGGAAGCCAACGAGAAGCCUGGUGUUUUUGACACCGGCGACACCAUCACUAUUGCUACACCCGAGAGCCUGACUGAGCAAGUGGCCAUAACUCUCGCCAGCGCCAUCAGCAACGGUGCCCUCCUGAACACCACCUCUUCCGCAGAAGGCACUACUGCACUGGAGCAGGACGAGCACUAUGUCAUCGCUUCCUCUGAUGAGAUGGAGAUUCAGACUGUUGUGGUGGUCUGAUGGAGAAUCCUCUGGUAAAGCUGGACAUUGACACAUUUUAAAUAUUGAGUAACAAACAUUCUGGCUGUUAUCCAAAACUGUAGCAGUUUGCUCCUCUCUUAUGCCUUAUCUUGAAUGUUCUCAAAUGUUUGCACUUAAAAAAGUUUAUGAACCCAUAUUGGUUUCUUGACUUGUGUAUAAUGAUUGCACAAGACACUAGAUUAUUUUUGUAAUCUCAUUGUGUCUUUUCUGCAACGAUACCAAAUGAUCUCUUGCGUUCCCCAUUUUUCCUCAACUUUACGUGUACAUAAGGCUUAUAGGAAUUAUUAGGAAGAGGUUAAAGACUACAGAUAUUACAUUGCAUGUUUUUUUUAAACUUCUGUUUUCUGUCUAUUUUAUUUAUUGUGAUUGAAAGCCUGUCAUUGCUGAGUACUGGGGCAAAAUUAUAAUGGUGCUGUAUGAUUUCCUUCUGUCAAGAAAAGAAGCCAUGCUCCUCACACUCCACUGCUCUUUGUUCAUCAUUUUUGUGUUUUUCUUUUGUUUUUUCCUCAAUGCACACUGCCAAGUUCUUAACUGUUUUUUUUUUGUUUGUUUUUUUGUUUGUUUUUUUUUUGCUUUUUGUUUGAAAUAUAUUGUGAGAUUGAUUGAUGUGUUUUUAUGUCUUGUCUCUGUGAUUUUUAUCCAGCAAAGUUUUUGGGCAAGAGGGAAGAUGUUACAAAUCAACAUUUAAUCCUCUUUAUAUUUGCCCUCCCACUAAUCUUUUAUCAAGAUAUAGAUGGAGAGGUAGUACAAUUAUUUGCCAGGCAGAUCUGGGCCACCCUAAACAUUUCCUCGUCUUGCCCUUGUUCCCCCCCCCAUUACUCCCUUCUGGUCUUCCCUCCUGUCAGGUUAUUCGUACAUGAGCUGUUGCCAAGGAUUUGAUGGAUAGUUUUCAUUAUUACCCCUCAGGGUCCUCACAUGUACUCCCUUUGCUCAAAUGUAGUUAUUAUUUUUUCCCUUUUUGUUUGACUGAGGCUCAAACUAUUAAAGUGCACAGGAACAGGUAUCUCUUAUGGUUGAAUGCAUAUGAACUAAAUAGCUAAAUACA